GCAGCAGAGGCGUCGGGCGACCCGGGCUGGCUGCUUCCGAGGCUGGGCUCCGCUGCCGGCCGCGCCGGGCCUCCUGCCAUGCUGCUGACGGUGUUCUGCCUGCGGCGGGACCGCUCCGAGCUCACCUUCUCGCUGCAGGUGGACGCGGACUUCGAGCUGCAGAACUUCCGCGCCCUCUGCGAGCUCGAGUCCGGCAUCCCCGCCGCCGAGAGCCAGAUUGUCUAUGCGGAGCGGCCUCUCACUGACAACCACCGGUCGCUGGCUUCUUAUGGCCUGAAAGAUGGAGACGUGGUGAUACUACAGCAAGUGGAGAAUGCGGAGGCGCGGCCCCCGGCAGCAUUCCCUGGUUUGCCCAGGAUAGAUUUCAGCAGCAUCACGGUGCCUGGGACAUCUGCCCAGCUGCCCCAGCCGCUGCCGCCACAGCAGCAGCAGCAGCAGCAGCAGCAGGCCGCUCCAGGGCCCCGGCCCUCCCCUCCUGAGCUGCCCUCCUCCCCUCAGGGCUUGGAUAACCCAGGGCUCUUGCGGGACAUGCUGCUGGCCAACCCCCACGAGCUCUCCCUGCUGAAGGAGCGCAACCCGCCCCUGGCGGAGGCUCUGCUCAGCGGAGACCUGGAGAAGUUCACCCGGGUUCUGGUAGAGCAGCAGCAGGAUCGAGCCCGCCGGGAGCAGGAGAGGAUCCGUCUGUUCUCUGCCGACCCUUUUGAUCUUGAGGCACAGGCCAAGAUCGAAGAGGACAUCAGGCAGCAAAACAUUGAGGAGAACAUGACGAUCGCCAUGGAGGAGGCCCCAGAGAGCUUCGGCCAGGUGGUGAUGCUUUACAUCAACUGCAGAGUCAACGGGCACCCGGUGAAAGCCUUCGUGGACUCAGGGGCGCAGAUGACCAUCAUGAGCCAGGCCUGUGCGGAGAGGUGCAACAUCAUGCGGCUGGUGGACCGGCGAUGGGCCGGCAUCGCGAAAGGCGUGGGCACCCAGAAGAUCAUUGGCAGGGUGCACCUUGCUCAGGUUCAGAUCGAAGGGGACUUCCUGCCUUGCUCGUUCUCCAUCUUAGAGGAGCAGCCCAUGGACAUGCUUCUAGGACUUGAUAUGCUGAAGAGGCAUCAGUGUUCCAUAGAUCUCAAAAAGAACGUCCUGGUGAUCGGCACCACGGGCACUCAGACGACCUUCCUGCCUGAAGGGGAGCUCCCCGAGUGUGCGAGGCUGGCUUAUGGGGCUGGGCGCGAGGACGUGCGGCCCGAGGAGAUCGCAGACCAGGAACUGGCAGAAGCCCUGCAGAAGUCCGCCGAGGAAGCAGAGAAUAGUGACGAAGAAACUACCUCACUAGAAACACCGUCGUUACCAACUUCUGAUGGAUUUAAACGUCCAGUCCGUUUCCCAGAGACGGGUCUGAAGACCAGUAACCCUACAAGCCGAUUACUUGAUCGCUCAGUCUCCGCUCCUUCGGUUUGCUCCCGUGAGGGCAGCCGAGCCGAGAUGGUUCAUCCUCGAGCUGUAAAGUCUGUGGAUUCUCUUCUUGAAUGCUCGCUAUCUCUAGAAAGCAGAGAGACGCCUCUGUCGCCACUGAUUAUUUCUGAUCACGUUGCUUCUGCCAAUUCCGAUGCUUCUCCAGCUGAAAAAACUGGAACAGAAUUGUGUCCUAAUCCAAGUAUCCCUUCACAGAACACUUUUGAAAAGCCGGUUGCUCGAGUCUGUCUACAGAAGUCUAACACUAAAGACGAUGACCUUGGUAUGGAGCUUCCAGCUGAAGCGGGAGGGAGUAGCUUCUCCGGUGCUUGCAGGCUGACGAAAGAACUGGACAUACCCUUGCUUCCAAAGCAUGUGGAACAGAAUCAAAUGCAUGAGCUUCGUUUAGAUCUCAAGACAUGCGAACCUGGAAAAGAACUCUCUCUAGAUGAACAGAACGAGCCGAACAACAGUGAAGAUCUGUGCUCGAUGACUGCUUCUCCUUUGCCUGCUAAUGCCAAGCAGAGCUUUGAUGACUUCCGUUCUGAGGGAAGAGCCCUGGAAGGGGCGAUUGAGGGAAGGAGGCCAGAUCGCGUACCACACAAUCCGUGCCCGGGAGGUGACACCUUCAUGGAAGUGGACGUCUCCAAGGAGACACUUAUUGCUGCCAAUGAGCCUUCCAGCAAACACGGCGUGGGACUGACUGGUGGGGUGAACCCGGAAUGCUCCACGAUGGAGUCUUCUUUACCCAUUGGCCCUCCUUCUGCAAGUGAUUUGAUGCAGCCUGGAAGUGCAACAUUUCAAUCAGCAGGAUUGUCAGCGGCGGCCGGCGUUCCUGCCAUUUCUUCCGGAGGCCAGCCGAGCGAUCGGGCAGAAGAUCCGUGCAUCUCUCUCACGUCUGCCUUGAAAGAGCUCCAUCACCUUCUGGUUGUCAGUUCCAAACGGGACUUAAGAGUUUCUCAGCAAGAAGACGGCCAUCACUCAGCGGCUGUUCCUGAAGAUCAAGCUGCAAAUGUUGAGAUUUCUCAAGAGGAACAUGAAUGUACAUAUCGAGACAGCCAAGACGUGAGACUCUCCCUUCCUGAAUGUAUGGGUGUUGAAGAAGCAUCGACAGGGAUGCCGUUGCUCGAAUCCGGAGCAGAGAACGUUGAGGUGUGGGAGCGGCAGCAGUUGGCUGUGAGCUGCGGGCCGGAAGCUCUCGUCAUUCAAGAAUCUUCGGAUUUGAGCAGCUCCGUCUUUCUGAGCCCUUCAGCAGCUUCAAAUCGGCUCCAGUGUGGCGAACCCUCUGAUAUCUCGUCUCGGCGUUUAUCCUCUGUCCGGGUUCUAUGUGGAGACGCUCUGGAGCAGAGCCAGCCCCUCUCCUCCAGUCGUGUACAGGAUCAAGCCGGAUCUUGGAGUGCGCAGAGUUCUUUCGCAGAAGAAACUGGAGUGCCAGACGCCUCGAACACAGAGGUUCAGAGGCCGCUGGAUGGAGGGCGGGCUGAGCUGCCUCUGCCUGUCAGAUCUCCAGAUCCUGCAGCUGCUCCUGGAUGCCUUGUUUACCCUCCUGCAGCCGUUGAUCAGAUUGUGCAGGCUGGCUUCACACCCCAGGAAGCCACCGAGGCUUUGGAGCAUGCUGGUGGGAACGCGGAUCUCGCCCUCCUCAUUUUGCUAGCCAAGAAUAUCGUAGUCCCUACGUAGCCAUGACAAAAAGACAGCCUGACCGCUGGCCUGUACGCGCUCCCUUUUUAAAGAGUCUAUUUGACUGCAGAGAAUAUCCUGCUUAGAUGAUUGAGCCGUACUUUCUUUUUUAAGAGAAAGAGGAGAAAAAAAGAUCUUUUAUUUUCAGCCAAAGUAUCUUCUGUCUGUUUCCCUUGUUGAAUUUAGGCCUUUUAAAAGAAGCAGGUAUUGGUAUUGUAAUGACACAAUGGCUUUUAAUUAUUAUUAUAAUAAUAAUUAUUGUUAUUAAGGCAAUGUAUAAUGGAAUAAAGAGUCUUUAUUUAAAUACCUGGUUUUAGAAUAAGAUGCAAGGUUAGGGGUGAAAAGGCGGAAGCUGUAGACCGUGUCUUCACAGAGAGCCUCCCUCCUGCUGUGCAGACCUCACUGGAGGGCACAGGAGCUGCCUGCACCUGAGCAGGGAUCGAUGCUCUGCGCCCAGCUCCUGUCCACGUCAGCCAGGUUUUCAGGCAAUGUUCUUGGGACUGCCACCCUGCUUAGCAAACAGUAGUGUGUAUAAACUAGCAUGCAUGCGUACAAACAUGGCAUGUGCAGCUUUCGGAGUGUGUGUGUGUGUGUGUGUGUGUGUGUGUGCAAAACCAGGACCAGCUCCAGACGAUGGGUGAGCUGACGGGAUUGCUCCAAGAGUAACGCCAUGCACGUUUUGUAAGGGUGUCAGAGGCAAUCUGAGAAAAUGCUCCUUUUGCAUGCUUGCUUAGUCCAGGAUAAGGGUCACUUCCUGAGCGCACACACACACACGCAUACACCCCGCAAUCCUAGAGCUAGCACUGGCACAAGCAGAACUUGCAGGCCUGCAGAUUUUCCGUUGGGUUCCUGGCAGUAUGCUUUGUGACUAGACAAUUAACCUGUCUUGCUAAUGAGCAGUUUAAGCGGCAAGAAUAACCACUAAGCCAAACCUUUGUGGCAGAGAUGGGCAUUUCAGAACUCUUGCCUUUUUUAUUUUAUUUUUUAAACACCUCAGCUUCCAAAAUGUUCCCGGCUGCCCUGGCCUGUGCUAGUUUUACAGGGGGUGGGUGAAGAAUGUGGUGCUAAUAGACACUAGUCAGCCAGGUAUGAUGACAUCCCGGUGUUAACGUGGUGGGUGAUUUCGACUUCUUGGCCUCACUGGGUCCAGCGGCAACCCUUUUCUCCCGUUCUAAGGAGAGGCUGUCUUUUUUUCAGCAGGCCUCUCUUGUAAUUGCUUAAGUAGAGCAGGUAUUAAAUGUGCAGUGGGAAGGCCUUUAAGACCACGUACUUAUCCCGUGUAUCCAGCUUUGUAUCGUCAGUGGGUCAUUUUGGGCUCUCCUGAACAUGCUCUCGUGGCGUAUCGAAAGAGACUCAGGUUAAAAAUGAUCUGAUGCUGUGUCACUUUGGCUGCUCUGCAGCUCAAGUGUUUUGGUUGAGCAAUCGUCUUGCUGCACUGCCCCCCACCCACCCCGUACUCUGUUUACAUUGCAACAGUGAAAUCUAAUUCCCAGUGGACUAGAACGAGGCAUGGCUACGUUGGUUUGAAGCAAUCGGCACUCCAAAGCACUGUUUAAAUGAUGAACAUGCGCUAAUUGGAGUCAAUUUAUGUGAAACGAAAAAAGCGGGGAGGAGGGAGACUACAAAAAAAAAAAAAAGGCUCCUGGACAUGGUGAGGAAGUCCUGAUUUGUAGUUUAAACUGUAGCACGAAGGAGAUGUUGUUAUACACCAGCACUGGAUGUAAAGCAGUCGUGAAAGAAACAGUGGAAAUACAGAUGCCAGCAUUUAUUCUGUCCCCAGUGCUGUUCAGGCUUUACAGGUCCCCUUUGUGAAGCAUUGAGAACAACUAAAGGAAAACAUAAACCGCUGAAAAAUGAGACUGCUAAUACAAGAACGACUGUGGUUCGCUUUGGUUACGCUCUCUGACUCUCUGGAUCUGCCCCCACACUAAUGAGAAUAACGGCUGGUGCUUCCCCCCUUCCCCCCCCCCCCCCCCAGGAACAGAACAAACACCAUUUCUCAGUCCCCUUGACACAACCUGAGUUCCUUUUGCCACUCAGUAUGGCCUAGUAGGCCUCUUUUAAGGCGGUGGUUCUGUAGUUUUCAUUGUAUAUUGUAGGACUGUCUUGAUCACGCUUUUGUACGCUGCUGUGGCAUCGGCAAGGAAGAAGAGCAGUUUAAAUACAUAAUUAAGGCAGACUUACCUGAAAGUAAGGACGGUGCUGUAAGUCUGCCUACCACCUCCACGCCAUCUUUCAAAAGGCAACCGCCCAGAGAGCGUUGGCUAUUGGGCGGUAUAAAAAUAUAAUAAAUAAACCUGGGCCUGAUUUAGCAUACCUGGGAAUAUCUUUCUCUCUUCUCUACCCUCCUUCCCCUUGUUUUUACUUUUUGCUUAGCAUCUGCCUGAAGAAGGGUUCUGGAGAACUCUGAAGCUGGCUCAUGACUUUGUGGCGGUAUCAUUGACCAGUGAAGGUAUUACUCGACUGUUGCUUCUGGGUGUUCUUUCUUUCUUUCUUUUGGACCAAUGCGGUUACCUGCCAUUUUUAACAAAGAAGGAAAUUCUGACAGAGAAGACAUAGAGCUGAAAGCUGGCACGGUAAAGGACAAGAGUUGUUUGGCUGGACACGACUUGCCAGCUGGGCACAAUACUCUUUGAAGAUGUCCCAUGCUGAAGGUAGUAAACUUCCUGUUCCCCCAAAGAAGUAAAGUGCAGUUCUGAGCAUGCAGAAAUUCUCUUAACGCCGCCAUGCCCAACUUGAAGCGCAGAGUGUGAUCCCGAGCACCAGUCCAGUGGGCAGAAACAGGUUUGAAGGGCAGCCAAGGAAUCGGCUUUUGCAUCGCUAAUGUCGCCCGCCUUGGGCAUCUUGUGCCACAUUGUAUGGACAUUUUGAGAACCUUGCUGGGUCAGACCAAAGGCCUCUCAUCCAGCGUUCUGUUGGCACAGCAGCCAAACGAAUGCCCACGAGCAGGACAUGGGAGCAAGAGCGCCUUCUUGUUCACGCGUGGAGAAAGACGGCUCGCCACCAUGUACUGCACGUAGUCCUUCCAACCUGGUGGCUGCCGGUUCCAGUAUGUUCUGUCUGCUCUGCCCAUUUGCCUUUCUGCACUGUGGGCUGACAUAUCCAGUCAGAGAGACAGUCUUGCAGGGUUGUUUUUUUUUUUAAUGUCCACGAGGAAAAACUGCCAACAGCAUUCAUAAGAGUCUGAGAAUAAGAAACUGACAGGAACGGUUUGUUUUGCAAUCUUCCAAUUUGAAGGAAAUAACAGAUUCCUAAAGAUAAGCAAAACAGCCAGGUUUUGUUUUAAAUUUCCGAUCUUGACCCUCAGAGCUGAGCGUGUCUGCCCAUCUCUUGGUUGGCACCAAGGCCCAAAGCCCUGUCUUGGGUGGUUAGAGCUCCAAGCUGCACCCUCUGGAGUGGAACCGGUGAGAAUCCUCAGCUGGUCAUAUUUUAAUUUAAAAGAACAAAAUUCCUCGGUUGGGAAUUUUGAGCCCUCAAGGUAGGGUUGGCUUUACACUGAGCGAAAUGUAAAGGGGUGUCUCCCUGCCCCCACGGGGAUUUGCCCACCCAUGUCUUUUGGGAACUCCUACUUUAGCCAACAAAUGACGUCCCUCUUUCGAAAUACGGUAUCCUCAUUAAGGGUUCUGUUUUAAUUAUGGGAGAACUUUGAGGACGGGUGGUUCCUUUGCGUAGAAUGGUGCAAUCUUGGGAGUUUGUGAGUGUGAGUUGUUUUUAUAAAUCAUGAUCUUGCCUUCUUCCCAUUCUUGAUCACAAGGGGCAAGGGAGGAUAAACUUGGAAGUGUUACCAAGCGCGGACCUUUUUCAUGGGAACUCCCCCCACCACCACCACCAUGAAAGGUGUCUCUUUGCAUGCGACAUGAUUGUGAGUCCAGGCAGUUGCCUCUGUUAGGAUACAGAGUUCAUACAGGAACACAAACCUAGAGCUGGACAGAAGAGUAAUUCUGAAAAACAGCCUGGCAGCGUAGAUGGGAAACUUCCGUUUUGGUUUUUUUUAGUGUGUGUGUGUUCCAAAGAAAACAUUUCCCAGGUGGAGUAAGCAACAUUACAUGAGGCUCAAAGAGGAGUUCAUGUCCUAGCCUGAGAAUUCGCAAAGCAUCCUUUUGGGCCAUGCAAACGUGCCCUAAAACAUUUAUUUUUUUAUUAUUAUUUACUAGUCUGCUUUGUCCUGUCCUGUUGUAAAUCCAAGCGGAAUCUUCAAGCCAUUUGAUCACUAUCCUUGAGCUCAGCUUAUAGCAACAUAAUCACUGAAGGAGUCGUAGCCUCUCAGGAAUUGUCACGUUGUUUUGCUUCGAUGCCUUUCGUCCUUCCUUCUGGGCUUGAACAUACUUGGAUGGGUUUGUCUUUGUCGAUGGGGGCUUCAGCGUUGUGAGAGCAUUUGGGCUUUUUUUUAUGAUUAGGUUAUGGGUUUCCGUUCUUGCCCUGUGUAGCCCAUGUUUUACUU